CACUCUACACCUUCCGCAGCAAAAAAAAAAAAAAAAAAAGCAAUGGGUAGCUCACAAAGCCAGCCCGUCACUCCAGUGCCGAGCAAUCUGUCGCCGACCAGCAACAUGCCGACCAUCCCGGACUCGCCCUGCCCAGCCGCACUCCGGGCGCUUCUCGUGACGGCCUACUCGAGAUUCUCGCACGGCGCGGUGCUGCUCGACUGGGACCACAGCAAGCACCUCGACUAUGUCGCACAUGCACCCUCAGCGACCACCACCACCACUCCUGAGGCAACUGCGACUGCUACGACGACGACGACGACGACGACGACGUCAGCGGAUGCAUCUGCUCAAGAAAACCCAGACUCGUUCGCGAACGAGUUCAAGGCUGACGUCGAUGGAACAUUUGCCCGCAAGUUGUACCAAGCGAUGGGCGCCGUUUUGGGACCGCAGGUCGUGGCGCCGGCCAUGCUGAGCAUUCGCGAAUACGCCGUUCUCCGCUUGCAAACCGUGCUCAGCGAAAAGGAGGAGGCGCGUGGCAACAUUGAGGCCGAAACACGACUGGCCAACAUGGCAGACACCAUCUCGGAAGUGGUGGCGCGCUUGCCGGAAGACGGCCAUCCCCAUCGCCGCUUGGACAAGCCCUACGAGUUUUGGACGCCCAUCAUUGCCAUUGAAUUUGUGGAAGCACUCGGCCACGCCCUCUCCCAAGACGUCGAAGUUGCCUCCACGUUCUUUUUCAAGCUGUUCAUGGAUGGUCGCUCCGAGGCGACUCGCGAAGAAAUGUUUAGCAUGUUUGACUGGCUGCUGACGCACGCCUUCCUGCCCGUCAAUCAAGUCCCGGAAGCACCUCUCGCCAAUCCUUCGGCUGCCACCCCGUCUCAGCGCUGGUCCUUUUUGGUGGACAGUCUGUGGCGCUUUGUCGAUCGCGCUUCGGCGGCCGAGGGCAACUUUGACCCGGCGCAAGACAAGGUCGAGCUUGUUCGCUUUGUCCAGUGGACGCUUCACAACGGCGCUCGCUGGUUUGCUCGGCUGCAACGCUGGCUGGCGUUCCAGGUGUUGGGCCCUCAGCAAGCGCACGCCAUGGAGGUGCGAGGCGCAGAGCGCUACAUUACGCCGCUGGCACAGACCAAGCAGGCCGGGACGAUGGCUCGAGCAGCUCGUCACGAACUCUCCCUCUUUCCCUGUCCAUUGCCGCCCUCGUUUAUCAUGCCGUCAGUCAGCACCCAGACUGAUGGCAAGCAAAACACCCAUCCUCUGACGCUCGAACACCGUUGGAUGCUGGCUUGCAGCCUCCCACCCAUCUACUUUGGCGCCGGCGUCGACACCCGUCCCGCCGUCGCUACGCGAGCCGCAGACCAUGCCUCUGCUGCUGCUGCUGCUGGUGGUGGUGGUGGUGGUGCUGCUGCUGCUCCGGGUCCCAUCACCGCCACCCUUUCGCUCGAUCAAAUCAAGGCCAUGGCCGAGGACGACGAGGAAGCCCUGCGCCGUUUGCUGCAGCAGCAGUUGCAACAAAUCAAGCAGCAAGAGCUCGAGCAGCAACGCAAGGACAAGGUGGAGCUGGACGCGGCCAUUGAGCGCGAAAAGAACAAUUACGAACAGUCCUUUGAAUGGAAGCGCUUGUACGACAGCGAACUCAACGGCGUCAGCAUGAACCGACUCCACCACCAUGUCACGGGUUACACCAGUCCCACCCUGACCAUUGUCUACUUGACGAGCGGGGAAACGAUCGCGAUCGCGACCGACGCCGAGUGGCAGGACGCUGCGUCCGGCUGGGGCGGCGAAAAGGUUCGUUUCGUCGAGUUGCUUCCUCAGGCGCACGUGUGCUGCGCCUGGCCAGCAACGAAAAAGGUGGCAACGGGCCAGCCCAAGAACACGUCGCCCGCUGGAAGCGUCUACUUUAAUGACAAGUUCAGGGGCCAACGCCAUGGGUUUGGCCUCGGCUUUCCCGUGCAGACGGGCGCCGGCUCGACAGUGUCGUCCGUCGCCACGGGCUUUGUCGCUUGGGUGCAGGAGGACUUGCGCACCGCGUCGAGGAGGUACCCAUGCAUGAUGUGCUACGGCCCGUCCAUGCUCGCCAAGGGCGAGACCUCGCAUCGGGUGGAGCGCAUCGAGAUUUGGGGCUGCGGCGGCAAGAAGGCAGACCGCGAGCAGGCCGUGCUCAAGGCGUGGAUUCAGAGCGAAAUUGAACGCCGUCGCGCAGUGCCCAUGCCCGGCAAGUGGGAGGAAAAUGUCGACAAGCUCUUGCUUGAGAUGGUGGACGCCAAGGCGACCGCGCACAACUCGGAUCAGCAACAGCAGCAGUAGUAGUAGUAGUGGUAGACGGAGUUGGAGCGAGUUGAAGAUGGAUGUUGUGGGGGUGUUGUUUUUGUUGGAGGGUGUAGUUGUUUGAAAAAAAAAAAAACAAAAAAAAAAAACAACAAA